AUGAUCUGUAGCAUACCAUGCCAAGAAUGCACUGCAAUGUUUGUGGGUGAAACGGGCAGACGCCUUGGCACAAGGUUGCAUGAGUAUCAGCUCGCAGUCAACCGCAAGGAUAAGCUGUCUUUGGUCUAUGACAACGUACAGCAGAAGAACCACACAUUCGCCUUUGAAAAAGCAAGGGUAAUAGGCCGAGCCAACGCCAAGAUGGCCAGAUUGCUGCUAGAAAGUUGGUCCUCGACUGGCACACUAAACAGAGCCAUGGACCUUCAUUCCGCCUACGAAGCGCUCCGCAGAAGGCUAACACUGGCUCAGAACGGAGCAAUAGGUCGGGCGGAGAGAGAUAAGCAGGGCGCAAAGCCGUCAGCCGCGAGCAAAGAGGGUGGAAAUGCUCAUGAGACACAAAAACAACUUCACACAGCUCAUGAAGACGCCUGUGAGGGCACGAGCAAUUCAAACAGCCACAGAAAUCGAUCGGCGCAGUUGAUUGACACACGGGCAUUAGGCAAGGCUAGUGGUCGGACACAUUCAUCUGACGCGAACAGGAGUACAGACACCACGUUCUGA